AUGGCUACGAACGGCAAAGGCGGCGAGGGCGCAGAGGGGAGAAGUACAAGUGGCACGGGAAGCGAGUCCAUCACCUACUCGAGUGGCAAUCAGCGGGCCACACCGGACUUGCGUUUCCUACACUACAACGAUGUCUACCACGUCGAGCCAGGCUCGCGAGAGCCUGUUGGCGGUAUUGCAAGAUUCCAGACUCUGUGCGAAGGCUAUCGAAGUAGUGCUGCGAAGUACUUGGGCCAGCCUGAGUUGCUCACCUUCUUCUCGGGCGACGCCUUCAACCCGUCUCUGGAAUCAUCAGUCACGAAAGGGAAGCACAUGCUGGCGCCACUAAAUAACCUCCAUACCGACGUGGCGUGCUUAGGCAAUCAUGACCUGGAUUUCGGUGUCGAACAGUUCCAGUAUCUGGCCGAGCGCUGCAAGUUCCCGUGGCUUUGUGCAAAUGUGCUAGAUCCCGCUCUAGGCCAGGAUAUACCUGUGGGUAAUUGCAAACGCAGCGUGAUGUUGUGUUCAAGCAAUGGGAUUCAAAUUGGAGUGAUUGGGAUUGUCGAAAGGGAGUGGUUGGACACAAUCAACACUUUACCGCCGAACCUGGUCUAUCUCAGCGCGAGCGCCACAGUUGCUGAAAUAGCACCGAAGCUUCGAGCCGAAGGCGCUGAAAUGAUUGUUGUGGUCUCGCACCAGCGGCAGCCCAAUGACGAUAAACUCGCUAGCAAGCUUCAACCGGGAGUGGCGGAUAUCAUUCUUGGAGGACACGACCAUUUCUACGCCCAUUCUAUCAUAAACGGCACCCAUGUACUUCGCUCCGGUACAGACUUCAAACAGCUCUCCUACAUCGAAGCCCGACGCAAUGGGAAAGCCUGGGACUUCGAUAUCUUUCGAAGAGAUGUAGUCUCAUCCAUUCCGUCGGACCCUUCGGCUGUAGCCAUGGUCGAGAACAUCACGGCGAAGCUACGACCUAUGCUCGAAAAACCGAUAGGCUACACUUCCGCUCCUCUGGAUGCACGCUUUUCUACGGUGCGAACCCAAGAGUCAAAUCUCGGGAAUUUCGUAUGCGAUCUGAUGCGAUACUACUAUGAUACCGAUUGCUGCAUCAUGGCCGCAGGAACCAUUCGAGGCGACCAAAUCUACCCCCCGGGCGUGCUCAGAGUGAAAGAUAUGAUGAACUGUUUUCCCUUUGAAGACCCUUGCGUCGUGGUAGCGCUACAGGGCAAGCAUAUUGUUGCGGCAUUGGAGAAUGCUGUGGGCAAAUAUCCUGCUCUUGAAGGUCGAUUUCCACAAGUCAGCAAUAUCAAGUUCAUGUUCGAUCCCUCCAAACCGGAAGGGAGCAGAUGUUCAGACAUCAGGAUCGGCGAGAAACCUGUAGACAUGGAGAAAGAGUAUACGCUAGCCAGCAGAGACUACAUGAUUCACGGCCGGGAUGGCUUCACCAGCUUGAAACUCAAGGAAGACGGAGGGCCUGCUCGGAGCAUCGUAUCAGACGAGAACGGUGGACUGAUCAGCAUGAUCAUACGACAAUACUUCAUGAGUCUGAGGAUCAUAGGGAAAUGGAAGCGGUUUGGCGGAAUGCUAGGCCAUUUCGAGCAGGUUCACGAAGGCUUGCACAAAGUGCAUCCCAUCCUCAACGCUUCGCCAGUAGAAGCCUCGGCCGCGAGCGCCAAGUCCACUGCGAACAUCGAAGUCUCCUCGGGAGAACAGACAGAAGAGACACACGGCGAGGUCCGAGAAUCACUCGUUGCGCGAGCACAGCAGCAUCGUCGGCAAAGGUCGGAGUUGACGGAACGACCAGCAAAGUCUAGAAAGCUCAACGAGCAGCAGGACUCCAGCAAAGGCGAACAAGGGUUCCAGUUGUCAGACAGUGAGGAUGAUGGCGAUGACGACCUGCCUGAUGACCCGGCUCGAGAGCGAGAGCUCGCCAUCAUGAGGAAAGUGAUGAGAAAGUGGUGGCGACUGGCUGGUCUCCCCGGGAAUCCGAGAAUGGUCGAGCAGAAAGGGGAUGAGUUCGCUGUAGCUUGGACAAAAGGUAUCGCCCCCAGGCUAGAAGGAAGAAUUAGAAUCGUUGGGAGUGCAGUAGCAGCCUAG